AUGGAGGGAAUUAGUGGUGACACGGAAUGCUCCAAGACGAGCCCUUCUGCGAAAAACGAUGACGAGGAUGAAAGUACUGAGAAUAAAAUUAUUUAUGAAUUUUACAAGACGAAAGAUGGAGUGCGAAGUUCAAGCAAUAGUACAGUUGAAGAAAGCGAUAACAUCAAGCUGACCGUGAGGCCUUAUGCUCGAUCCAAGACACCUCGACUCCGGUGGACACCCGAGCUUCAUUGGCGAUUUGUUCAUGCUGUAGAGAAACUUGGUGGACAAGAUAGAGCGACGCCAAAGAUGGUACUUCAAUUGAUGAAAAUCAAAGAGCUCAAUAUCGCUCAUAUCAAGAGCCAUUUACAGAUGUAUAGAAACAAGAAGAUUGAUGAGCCCACUGAUCAAGGGAUGGAAGAUCAAACACUUUUGACGGGUCGUGCAGAUCGGAAUAUCUACAAUCUAAGGCAGCUUCCCCUUCUUCCAAGUUUUAAUCAAAGAUAUGCAGAUGCUUCUUGGAAUGGCAAUGGAAAAUGGAUGCAACACUCUACAAUGGGGCAACAUGCACUUAACAAAACCCGACCCGGAUGUUAUAAUACAGACACGGAAAGGAUCUUGAACAGACAUUGUCAAGCAAGACAAAACCCUGUCGACGAACAGUUUCAAGAGCAAAUCAGUACCAAUAUUCGAAGAUUCCGUCAAAAUCAGGAGGUGACCUGUCCUUCCCUUUCUGCGGAGCUCUAUAAUCUUAAGAACGCUGGUUUUAAGAAUCUCGACAGCCCAACGAAUUUCCAAAAGCAGACAACUUUAAAGAGAAAACUGGGCACAGGUUCUGACCUGGAUUUGAAUUUAUCACUUGGGGGAGAAUCAAAGAAUGAUGAAAACAACUUAUCCCUGUCGUUGCACACUACAUCAUUCUCAAAGCUUAAGUACUUUAAAGAAGAUAAUAGUACUGAAAAAGCAAGAGGGGCAAGUACUCUGGAUCUGACUCUAUGA